AGAAGGAGAAGAAGAAUUCAUGAGCGCGCUCCGCCGGUCGGUCAGUCACGUGUUUCUGAAUAACGCUGUUCUGAGGAAGGUGAAGAUGAAGAUCGGGACUCAUAACGGCACUUUUCACUGCGAUGAGGUUCUGGCGUGUUUCCUGCUGCGACAGCUGCCGGAAUACAAGGAAGCAGAGAUCCUCCGCAGCAGAGACGCUUCGCUCCUGAAGCAGUGUGAUGUUGUGGUGGAUGUUGGAGGAGAAUAUGAUCCCAGUCAGCAGCGCUAUGACCAUCAUCAGAGGUCUUUUGUGGACAGCUUCCACAGCCUGUGUCCAGAGAAGCGCUGGGUGACGAAGCUGAGCUCGGCCGGUCUGAUCUAUCUUCACUUCGGCAGACGUGUUCUGGAGCAGCUGACGCAGCUGAAGCAGGACGAGCCGCAGCUGGAGGUCCUUUAUGACAAGAUGUACGAGAGCUUCGUGGAGGAGGUGGAUGCGGUGGAUAACGGGAUCAGUCAGUGUGAUGGAGAGGUGCGUUACACCAUCAGCACCACCCUCAGCGCUCGCGUCAGCCACCUCAACCCUCGCUGGAACAGCACCCAUCAGGACACCGAGGAGGGCUUCCAUAAAGCCCUGGCUCUUGUAGGAGCAGAGUUCACGGACCGCUUGGAUUACUUCCUGAAGGCCUGGCUCCCGGCGAGAGAGAUCGUGCAGAAAGCUGUUCAGAACAGAUAUCAGGUGGAUCCCAGCGGGGAGAUCGUGCUGCUGGCUCAGGGAGGCUGUCCCUGGAAAGAGCAUCUGUUUGUGCUGGAGAAGGAGCUGAAGGUGGACGUGCCCAUCAAGUUUGUGCUGUACUCGGAUCAGAACGGACACUGGAGAGUGCAGUGUGUCCCGGACGGACUCAACACCUUCCAGAACAGACUGAGUCUUCUGGAGGAAUGGCGCGGGGUCCGAGACGAGGCUCUGUCGGAGCUGAGUGGGAUUCCUGACUGUAUCUUCGUCCACGCCAGCGGCUUCAUCGGGGGUAACCGGACACAGGAGGGAGCGCUGGAGAUGGCCAAGAGAACGCUGCAGACCGCUCCCACACCUUUACCCAGCACCUGACCACUCUAAUAAAUACAGCGUCUCUUGUCCUUGUGUUCAUACUUCUGUUUGUGUUCAUGAUGGAAAAUACAGAACUGUACACAGAUUA